GUGCAGUUAGUAACACCUAGUAGAAAAGACUGACUGUCAACAGUGAACGACCUUUUAUUUUGAAACAUUUAAUUUUUCUACUCGGGGACAGUGGACAUUUCGGAGCUGAAGAAACAGGACAGAAUGAAUAUCAAAAAGACGGCGGUGUUGUUGACAGCGUUGCUGUUGAUCGACCUAAUGUGUUUAGCGGAGGGGCAGGGCUAUGGCAGGGGUGGUGGAAGAAGGCGUGACCGGGGAUGGAGAGGAGGAGGAAGAGGCGGUGGCCGCGGUCGUGGCGGCGAUCGUGGCGGCGGUGGCGGGCUUCUUGGCGGUCUAGGAGGUGUCCUAGGAAUAGCGGGGGCUGCAUUAGGAGCAGCUGCCAUUACCCGCGGAGUGACGGGGAUGCUCGGAUCCGGCGGAGGUAGAGGGUAUGUGGGCGGUGGAGGGAGUAUCUACAAUGGUGGUCAAUACAUUCCUCCCCACUCCCACGGUGUUUCCCAGCAGUACGUUCCUCAAUAUGGCGGGGGUAGCUUUUACGGGAUGAGCGGCGCAGUUGCUGAUCCAAUCUAUCAAGGGAAUGUCGGAGGGUUCGGUGGAGGAUACGUGCCUCCAUACAUCCCUCAGCGUCCCGCACUAGCUGUCGCUCCAGCUGUGAUCCCGUCGAGCCAAGGAAGCCACAACCGCGGCAGUCGCCGUGUAGUUAUAGAGGAAAACUUCGAUAGAGGACAGCACUCGAAUAAAGGGAGACCAAUUGUGGUUGGCCAACCCGUUUUCGUUUGAUUUCGUGUUUAUAGCUGUAGGCCUUUGUUUAUUAAAGGGUGUGUACAAAG